AUGAGGACGGUACUGCAGCGGGUCAAGUCCGCCUCGGUCACUGUCGACGGACAGCUCAUAUCGUCCAUUGGCAAGGGCCUACUGGUGCUGGCCGCAAUCUCCAAAGAUGACACUGAAAAAGAUGUCACGUCGAUGGCCAGCAAGAUACUGAAGGCAAAGCUAUGGGAUGACGAUACCAAAGAACCGCCAGGUCGCUGGAAGUGCGGCGUGCAAGAUGUUGAAGGCGAAAUUCUUUGCGUCUCUCAGUUCACAUUACUCGCAUCAAUGAAGAAGGGAAACCGGCCAGACUUCCAUCUCUCAGCAAGCGGCGUCAAGGCUAAGACGCUCUAUCAAGCUUUCUUCAAGGAAGUGGGAGAGUUGUAUGAAACCGACAAGGUCAAGGACGGGCUAUUUGCAGCCAAUAUGGAUGUUGCUCUGAUCAACGACGGGCCGGUCACCAUCCAGCUUGAUACCAACCCACCGAAAAUGGAGGAUCCGACCUCACUUGGCCCCGGCUUUACUAGCCCAAAUGGGAGCAGUUCACAAACGAUUGACGUGAACGACCUCGUCAACAACAUGACUCGGAUUACAAAAGAAUUCCAAAUCCCGGCAGAGCUUCUUGAAUAG